CACUCUCAUUGCGAAGGAAAUGAUUUGUAUAGUAAUUGCAUACGCACCGGCAAGCGUACUAAUAUAUCAACUGCUAUUGUACAAAGAAACUCAUCCAAUGCAAUCCCGCGUUUCAUGAGAAGUGAAUCAUAACAAAAUGCAGGCGAGAUUUGCUGGUCCUGGCUCCCAGCAUCUCGAAGUCAUGCACAAAGCAAAGAAGGGGAAAUUGAAACCAGAUCAGAGUAGAAGAAAACUGCCACAAAUGGAAUACGACAGAAGGGUAUAUCAACAAAAACAGAAGAAGAAGGCAAAAGGGAUGCCUGAAGAACAAGCCAGCUGGUUCGUAGCAUGAAGGAAGGGAAACGAAGGGCGGAACAUCAUCAUUCCUGGGGUC